AUGUAUGCAGAAAUUUGCUCCCCAUCACCGUGCGAAUCCAUUGCCACGAUAAUCGAUGAUGAUGUUUUCAGCAACGCCGAUCCAGACAAUGACAGCCCGAGUACGCUAGCCACGCCAAUAAAUGAAUCGCGUGAGAAGCUCUUCCUCAGCAACGCCUCUCUAGCCGCAACAGCAGGCGGUGCGGCCUCCACACCGAAGAGCACAACGCCAACACCUCAACCGGCCAUACAGUAUGGACCGCAGCACCUGCUCGGACGUCAUGGCUACUGCGAUGACCUCAGCGGCAGCGGCACAAAUCUCAAUCAGCAAGAGCGCAGCAUGAAGAGCUAUUUGCACACUUUCGAUCGACGCAACUCGGAUACGAGUUAUAUGCUCGGACGUCGCGCUUCAGGUGAGCGCGUCAAUUUGGCCGACGAAAUACGCAAAUUGUCCGAUCAUUUGCUAAUGCUGGCGGAAAUCAAUACGAAACUCGGCAGCGAGACGAAGCUCGAAGCGGACUCAAACAAUAAUAAGCAGAAGAAAUCAAAAGCCAGUGGCGAGACGUCUAAAGUCAAAACGAGUACUGCUGCUAAGACGACAUCAGCGAAGAAGGAAGCGACGACCACCAAACACAAAUUGGCAACGUCCGCGAGCAGUGAGCGCACUAAAGUAACCAGUAGUACAACAACAACGACAUCCUCUAGCACCACAACAAAUGACAUCAGCAGCAAGUCAUCAACUAAUGGAGUUAAAUCGAAAUUCAGCACGGUCUCAAUGCGUCUACACCAAUCUAUCGAAGAGACACCGAAGCUAGCCAAUGGCGGUCCGAGUUUUGGUGUACCUUGGAAGUCUACGGCCACUACCACAACCAAAAAGUUUAAAAAAGUAUCCAUAGUAACGCACGAUGAAAGCAGCACAGAAGCAGAGGAAAAACAAGAACACCGACAAUCACACGAAUCGGCUAGCAUACGGCGUGCUAAAUUUCGCAUCAAUCAAAUGUCACGCGAUGUGCCAAUCGGGGUGCCGAACAUCCAUCAGGCGGUCAAUCUCGAAGAGGCCGCUAACACGACGAAAGAUUGUCUACUGCAUCUGCUCGAAAAGUACAAUGAGACGAACCAUUGUCGCAAUCCCAUGACGCGCCAUCAAAGCAUUAGCGUCGAUUGGAAUGUUAGCGACAAUCUGGAGUAUCGUUCCAUGAGCUCCAUCAAUGCGUUCUUCCAGCGGCACAACAACACCGGCGAAAAUGUGCGUCAACUGCAAGCGCAAUUGGAGAGUAAAACUGGGGUGACAGGCGGCAGCAAGUCGACUGGUGGUGCUUAA